UUCGCACUGCAUCACAGCUGAGUCUGGGGAAGAAACCAUGGAGAUGGCAGUCACCAAGCUCAUUUACUGCCACCUGAUCCUGCUUCUCACUCUGCUGCCUGUCUGUCUGUGUGCAGGGCUGGAUGAUACAUACUAUAUUUAUUUCAACUUCACUAUCAAGGCUCGUUCCAAGCCCUGGUUUGAAGGGCAGUGCUCAGUGAAUGGAGAACCUAUCCUUCGGUAUAAUGAAAGUAAUUUCACACCUUUGGGUGACCAUGGAAAGGUGAUAUAUAACACCAAAGCAUGUACAGAUUUCAGCCAACGUCAGAAAGACAUUGGAGAAGAGAUGAAAAAUCUGAUACUUAACAUGAAACGAGAAGCAGACAAGAUCAUUGGCCCUCACACCGUGCAGGUCACUAUGGAAUCCCGAUAUGAAAAAGGAGAACUCACUGAUUCCUCCUGGAAGUUCACCAUGGAUGGACAGAAUUUCUUCUGCUUUAGUCCAAAGAACAAGACUUGGGGAGUGAUGCAUGAGGAAGCCAGAGGUAUCAUGGAGAAAUGGGAGAAAAACGGAGAUCUACAAAAACAUCUAGAAAAGUUCUCCAUGUGGGAUUCCCCACACUGCUUCAAGGAAUUCUUAGAGCUCUGGAAGGAAAUGCCAAGUUCAACAUCAAAGACACUAGAUACCACCUGGUUUCCAUCUACCACCCCACUUUCUUCUUCUACCACCCAGUCUCCAUGUAUUGCAGUGCAUAUCAUCAUGGGAGUCAGCUUCCUAGUCUUUAUUUUGGCAUGAUUAUGGAGAACUUUGGUACCCAAGAAGGUUCUCCCUGCUGCUCCAGUCUUCAUCACCAGCUGUGUUGGGUGACUCUUGAACAUUGCCUGUGACUUCUUCAGCAAACCAAACAAACAUAUUUCUGAUGACAUCCCUGAAACCUGUACUGGUGACUUCUGACCAACCUUGUGGGAAACCCUGAGAGCGAUGGUCUGGGAGCCUCACUCACCAGGGCAUCUGAGUCAACAGUGUUGCCAUCAGGGGCUUCUUCUUGCUUUGCUUCUUUUCCUUUCUUUCUUUCCUGAUAGCUUUGUGGAGGUCAAGCUGGGCCGGGCUGCAAAUUACUUCUCACUGUAUAAAACAGUGACUUGCCCUGGCUGUCUAGUUUACAGGCAGCAGUUGGCACCUUUCUGAGAACAGUGCAAAGGCUGAAUGACCCCUUACUUGGCACAGACACAUUCUGCAGACCAGAACUGAUAUAAAUGUUUUAGUGAGGAAUGAGUUACAAAGAGAUAGCUCAGUCCUGGAGUGCUUGUCCUCUCCAGCAUGAGGAGCUGAGUUCACUCCCCAGAACCCACGGACACCAUGGUGACACACACUUAUAAACCCCGUGUAGGGGACAGAAGGAGAAGUGCGUACCUGGGAAUUCCUCAUCAGCCAGACUAGUGGAACUGGUGAUCCAGGAGAGACAGGAUCAAAACACAGUGCUCAUGGCUGAGGAAUGACACCAGAGUUAAAGCUCUGUCUCCAUAGGAACAAGUACGUGAACGAGCACACACGCAUGUGUAUAUGCUCACAUGAAAAUGAUAGACACUGUGGACCAGAUCACAGCCAGUAAAUUCUCAUGAGGCAGUACUGCUGAGAGGGAAUUGGGGUUGUAAAUACUAGUUACGAGAUAUUACUUGGCCUUGUCUUCUGGGCCAGUUUUAUGUUCAUACGAAAAGGGGACAGCACAUGUCUUCUUAGAUGAGUUUCGUAGCACCAUGGCGGAUUCAUAACUUGACAUAAGGACCUCAGGUUACAGUUACUUAUUAGCGUCUGGAUGUGUAUGACGGUAUGUUGCAUCAAACAUGCACUGAAAGAAUUAAUAAAAAUCCGCAAGAGACUCUCAGGAGUGAUCUGUUUGAGCCUCUGCAGGUGCAGCGCUAUUACCUCUCGUCAGACGAAUCCCCAAGAUACAGGUCUCAACUUAAUUACCGUUAGGGGGAUGCGCAGGACCUGAGAGGAGCUGGUCCAGACUUCUCCCAUGGCCUUGCAUCCUGUGGAAGAAGUUUAAGAUGAACUUAAUCACCUGUUUAAUAACUGGAACUAAUCCUGAGAACAUGGAGUCAGAGGUGGAGCUGUCCUUAUCCUAGUAUUCAGUGACAGCCUUGAUCGUCUGCCCCAAUGAUAUACUGAGACAAAGGAGUCUCUGCCUCUAAUGAGAGGUCAGUACGAAGAAAAAGGCUAGUGUGAAGGCAUCAGACAGCUGAUAGGUAAUUCAGGAUCAUAAAUAAGAAUUAAUUAGUAUUCAGAGCGCAGUUCUACCAGCUGAACCAAGUCAUGGUGAGACUACUGGGUGCAGCUGGUAGAGUUUUAAUUUUAUAUUAUUUAUAGUUGUACAUUUUUGGCAAGUGUUUGAGAGCAUAAAGGGAGCCAACAGCUUCUUUUCCUUGUUGGCAGUUGUAUCUCCUUAGGGGCUACUUUUAGGGGUUGGAGAGUUUUAGGAGCCAUGUCUCCACUCUUUGCCGUCUGAUGGUCAAAGGGUCUUUUAGUGUGACAUGACCCAAAACUCAAACUCCAGGGUCUUCAUAGCCUCUCUGAGGCUAUGAGAUUCCUUUAGAGCUGUCCCAUUGUCCUCUACCCUGGAAAUGGCCAACCUGAAGGAAGAUGAACAUAUUGGCUCUCAGCCUAGCCCUUGAUCCUCAUUGUUUUGGGUUUCUAGAAAUCUCAAAAAAUCAGUUACCCCAGAUCUAAUCUGUUAUGUCACUUUCAGGGGUGAACACCUCACGGCCCGGGAUACCCUAAAUGUGGCCAAAUCAAAUUCAGGGACUUUAGUAAAAUAUUAUGGGACAGUUUCGCAAAGAUUUUUAGAUCACUGAACUGUAUGGUGACUUACGUAGAUUGUCCAGUGUGAACUAUUUAGAUCCCUUUGUGUCGCGAUAUCAAAAGAUCGGACACUUCUGAUAAUAAAUGUUGACAGAGACAAAUUUUAAAUCAAUCUUGACUCAGAUAAGACCCCCAUUAAUGAGAAGUUAAAGUUCUGACAAUCACAGAAGAAAUUACAAGCAGUUAUCUUGAGAAACAUAAAUGCAAUUAAGUAAGCUUUUAAAAAAAAUCCAUACCAUUUUAAAUUAACUAUCACAACUUGUGACAUAUGAAAGCUUCUGCUUUUUCCCGAUCUUUUAACAAUCGUUUAGGAUGAAAUUAAUAUAUCAUGAAAUUCUGACCCAUAAGCACAUGCUCUCCUUCAGAAAUGCGUCUCUGUGCCUUCAUGGAGCCAUUGCUGCCUCUUUCUUGGCUGUUUCCAGGCUUUGUUAAUUCCUGCUGUGAUUUGGGCUUCUUUUUAUUGAAGCAAUAAAAACCUGAAAACUUCAUCCUGUUUUCUCUUUUACAAAAUAGGUUCAGACACACAGUAUUGUCAAG